AAGGAACAACCAAGGAGGAGGAGGCGGCGGCGGACCUGACAGGAAUAGGAACAACCAUGGUAGGCCGAGUGCAUUUCACUACUUUUCUCCUGUGCGAUUUCAUGACAUGCGCGACGAGCAAAGAUUCCUUCGCAAGAACAGGCAUGUAGUUCGUCCACGAGGCGGACGUUAUAACGAUCGUGGAGACCGUCAUGACAAAGGAGGAAGAGGUGGCGGAUACAGAAAGCCAUACGAUAGACAACGGCACGAUCAACGUGACAGAGAGCAGGAGCGCGCGCAGGAUGAAGUGAGCGAUAUUGAAAAGCGUCUGGGUGGACUUAUCAUUCGCGUUGGCGACAAGAUCACGCCAACGCUCGAGACCAACCUGAAUACACUGGCCGGAAUUCUGGACAACGACUAUGCAAAGCAUUCCGCUACAAUUCUCAAGUCCUUGAAGGCUUGUAUUUUGGAGCUUCCUAUGAAGUCUGCCAUCUACGGAACGCUAACAGGACUUUUGAACGCAAAGAAUGUUCAAACUGGAGGAACGAUUGUUGCCAUGGCAUCCGAAUUGCUGCAGGACAGCUUGCUCAAAUAUCAAUGGAGAAACGUCAAGCUGCUGUUGCGAUUCUUUGGCGAGUUGGUCAACUCCAACGUCAUUUUGCCCACUACGCUGCUCAACGUCAUGGACCAAUUGCUGGGCGUUCUGGACGAGGAGACGGUUUUGAGAGCUCGCGCUGAUUGUGCUGUCUACUGUGUCCUGGCGACCUUACCUUGGUGUGCAGCCGACAUGCGUGACCGCAACCCUCACGAUUUUGAAAAGAUCCUGGGACGAAUCGAGGACUACAUGAUGGCAAGAGAGGAGGGCGGUGGAGCUGAGGGUUUUGAGAUUACAAAGGUGUUCAAAGAUGAGCAGUGCCCAUACGUUCAGGAGGAGCCGCUUACACUGCUGUGGAAACAGAUCCAGAACUUGCAAAAGGAUGACUGGGAUGUGACGAUUCUGAUCAAGCCCUCACAGGCCUUUGAUGCUGUUCUCGGAAUGGCCUCCCAGCACGAGCUGCCUGCAUUCGCCUUCCCGCCUCAUGUGGACGCAAGCUCUUACUACACUCCAGCACCGCUGUUCAGGAUCUUUGUGGCCGACGAGGGCGAGCAGAACAACUCACUUCCUGACCCAUACUCUAUCGCACACUUUAUCGUCCGCGACAAUCUGACGGACGUGCUUUGCUUGUUUGAGAUCAACCGAAAGGAGUGUGCAAAGUACCUGUUCAUGGUCCAGUACUCAUACGUCAUUGGGACUUUUGCUGACUCGGCACUCACAGCAGCAACAGGAGCACCCAACGAAAUGGAAACGGAUACACCGGCAGGGCCAAGCUGGUCUGUAGACCAGUUGUUGGCGGAGGUCAUCUUCACAGAGAUGUUCAAGCUGCCCAAGCAAGAGUUCAAGGGUGUAUACUAUGCUUCGCUCUUGGUCGAGGUCUGCAAAUCCUUCCCAGACAGCUUCCCUACUUCAUUAGCCGAGGCCAUCAAGAAGUUGUACGAAAGACUUCCUUCUAUGGAUGUCGAAUGUGCUCACCGCUUCUGGACCUGGUUCAGUCACCACCUCAGUAAUUUCGGAUACCUCUGGAACUGGGUCGAAUGGUCUGCGGCUCUGGAAUUGCCACCUGAUCAUGCACAGUGCGUCUUUAUUCGCGAGACCUUGGAAAAGACGAUCCGCUUGUCUUACUUUGAACGCAUCAAAGAGGCUCUGCCCGAUGAAUUCCAGAAGUUCAUGCCAUCGGAAGCGCCUGGUCCUAGCUGGAAGUUCGAGUCACCAGAGCACCCAUACCAUGCCAUGGCAUCCGCAGUGUUGAAUUCGCUCCGCAACAAGAGCUCGACUGAGCAGAUUGAACAAACGUUGGAGAGCAUGAAAAACGCACCUCGACUAGAGUCGUUGACACCGAACGAGCGCGAGGAUUUCAUCCGGGAACUGUUUACGGAGUGUGUUCUGAUGCUGGGAUCGAAAUCAUUCUCGCACGUUCUCAAUGUGAUUGAACGGUACCUCGCGAUCUUGCAGCGGAUGAACGGCACACCAGAGGCACGCCUGCACACGGUCAAGAUUGUGGCACAGUUCUGGAGGAAUAACACGCAGUUCAUGGGGAUCCUUCUGGACAAGAUGCUGAAUUAUCGUGUGGUGGACGCGAUUGCCAUUGUCAAGUGGGUGUUUGAGCCUGAGGUCUGGCAGAACGAGUGGCACAGGAGUUUUGUCUGGGACAUCCUGAAGAACACACUGAACAAGGUCAUUUCGAGAGUGCAACAGGUUAAGGAUAAGCUGGUUGAGGUCCGCAAGGAGUUCGAGGCUGAUCCACCGACCAAGACGGAGGAGGUUGUCAUUGGAGUCGAGAACACACUGUCGAUCGUCAACCGCGAGCAAAAGGAGGUGUUCUUGACGCUGUACCAAAAGUUCGUGGGUGUGCUCCAAACCAAAUUGAGAGAGAUCGAGUCCUCGGACCAGAGUGUGGAAGAGAGCCGGGCAUGGGAGAUUGGUCUUGGCUGGUUCCUGGAGCUGGGUCGUCGGUACUCCAAAGAAGUGGCUACGUUCUCAGCAACGCUCGAGACCAUUGUUUUCUCGGUCGAUCCCGAGACCAGUGAACCUAUUGACGCAAGGAUCACAAAUAUCUUUCAGGAGAUCUGCCGCAUGGAGAUCGGACGUUCUGUGGAGAUGAACUAGGAAGUCCUUGCACCGUUUGGAUAUUCCCUCGUUAAAUCAAUAUACUCAUUGCUUUUU